AUGGUCAACGAGUUUGUGGAUGCUGGCGGUAAUAAAGUUUCGAUCUCGGUUAAGCCCGGAGUAUCGGGUGUAUUGCAGGUCUAUGUAGAUGGCGACAAGAUCUACGACAAGGCUGAAGAGGGCAAUGAGACCCCUCAUCUGAACCGAGUCAAGGAAUUGAAGGCAAUCGUCAAGGACAGGCUUGAGAGCGUAAUGGCUGCCGCUGCUGACUAA